AUGGAGUUGUUGAAUGACACUUAUAAUGCGAGCUGUACAGACGGAAAGGUAUCGGUGCGAUCAGCUCCCAAAUCAGGACCCAGAAAGGAGAUCGAGAUCAGGCAUGAGCAUGACGAGUCUGCGGAAGUCUCAUCACUCAAACGGAAAGCAGAGCGUGAAAUUAUGGAAGUCACUGUGAUCACAUCGAUUCCCUCGACAUCCACGCAAGCUUCGACUAGCUCAUUGAUAACAUCGCCCCCUUCAUUGUUCAACCGGGCUGCUCUUGCAGAACCUCAGGCCGGACUUGACUGCAAUUCUCAGAUCGAGCAGUUCAAAUCUCAAGCUUCACAGCAGAACUCUCAACAGCUAUCCCAAGCAACACAACAAUUUUCGCAACAGGUUUCACAGAUAUCACAAAAGGCUUCGCAAUCUGUUAGCCAAGCCCUCGCUGUCCAAACCUCUGCUCAGAUUGCUCAGUCUUCAGCACAAGCUGCUCGAUCCUCGGCCCAAGCUGCUGCCGACGUAGCCAAUUCUUCUUUGUCUUCCAUUAAAAUAUCAGCAUCAUCAGCAGUGGCUGCGGCAUCAGCGAGCGCUUCUAGUGCGGCUAUGAGUGCGGCUAUGAGCGCUUCUGCAUUUGUGUUUUCGGCUCUUUUGUCAGCCAGUUCUUCUGCUUCCGUGGCUAUUUCUUCAGCGGAUGCUUCUGCUAGUGCCGCCAGGGCUACUGCCACAUUUGCGAUUGCACAGGCUCAAGCUACAAUCUCAUUAACUAACUCACAAGCUUCGGCGUCAGUACGAUCAUCACAAGUCCAAGCCAUCACAGCAACACAGGCUGCAAUCGCAAUUGUGGGCUCCAUAAUCGGCUCCUCACUUUUAUCCAUCCUCUUAUAUUUCCUCCUAUCCAGAUACAGAAAACGCAAACAAAACGAAGUCGAAAAUGACAAUUUCCCGGUGAAAAAUUACAAAGAACCAUUAACCCUUCCAAUCUCAGAGCGGAAACCCAUAAGAAUAUCAUACAUCAUACCAACUCCUCCUCCCGAUGCCCGAUUUCCGGAAGGAGGUCCUUUCAGUCUGGACAAAUUCUGGUCGAUGCGAAGGUCGAGAACGAUGAAGAAUGCGGAUGAGAGGUCAAUGGAUGUUCCGUUGGCUUUUGCAGGAGAACCGGAACAAUCAGCUUCGGAAUCAACUCCGAGACCGAGUCUUGGGGGUGCGAAGAGGGCAUUGGUUUAUGAUGCGGAUUUUCCGGAUCAACCACCGAAAUUUGAUGAUGGAGAAGAACUGGGCGAUUUUGGGGGUGGGGAGAAGAAAGGUGGGCUAGUAGGGCUGGGCGGCGUGGGUAAGAAGGCUUCGAUUGGAAAAGCUUUUUGA